AUGAAACAAGAAGGCGCACAGGAAAUCAGAGAUGAAAGCCUCCAGGACAAAAUCCAGAACAUUAUAUCCGAUGGAAUCCAUAAUUGUACGGAUCAACGUUCAAAUCCCGAUGAGACGAUUGUUUCAUCUUUCGACCAAUUGAAACUGGACAUUACACAUAUCGCUCAGAAUGUGGUAUCGACCGAUGACCACUAUCCAGUGAACGAGGCCCCAGUUCAAGCUGUUCAUCAAUCACGGCUACUAGACGACAGAACUGUUCGGACUCUUUUGCACGGAUUGUUUCACACGCGGACACGACCGCAGGCAAUUUUGGAUCUGUGCAAACAAAUGAACCGGAUUCCCCAGUGUGGAUCGCUUAUCUAUUUACGACCGGCCGUCUUGGCUGCCAUUCUUCUGGAAAUAGUGCGGCACUAUCCGCUCGAUUUUGGUCAACCCCUGAACCCCCGAGUGACUGAGGUACUAUGUGCCAUCGUGGCCCUGUUUCAACGUGCCGUUCUGAGCCGCGAGGUCCGUCUACCAUUCCUGUCCACACAUUCAUUGUUCUAUUUAUUACCGUAUCUGAAACAAACCGCCCAGACUCGUGAGACCGAACAGCUUCGUGUUAGCCUACUCGGUUUAUUUGCCACGGCAGCCAGCAAGAUCCCGAUCGAGGUGAUGGAACACUAUUUGCUCCGUCUGCCCACCGGGAAAUCCGAAUCGACCGGACGAUUCUACGCCAUAUGUUCGGAAAGUUUGUACGACCACACUGUGGCCGCUUUGGGCACGUGUACGUCUGAGGUGGGUAAAACUAUGGCUCUAGUUCUUCUGGCCCGUCUUCUUUCAUCCUCGGAACAACUGAGCCAGAUCGGAUCAGAUCCGCAUCGAUUUCAUCAUUUGAUAUCCAAUCUGAACUCCAUCAUCACGUAUAUGGCUCGCAAAUUCGAACGAAUCGUCAGUCAACCCGGAGUGUCAAGUGGUGCAGCCGGAUCGGAAACCGAAUCACCCACGUGGAGCCUCGCGUCGACCAGCUUUGAUCGAGCCAAACGUCUGUUCCGAUUCACCAUGGAUUGUAUGUAUCGACUGGCAGAAGAUCCGCGAAUGUGUAUCGCUUUGCGAGUUUGCUUACCUCUGGAACUCCGUUCCCGUUUGUUCACAACCAUUUUUGGAAGUGAUCGCGAAGUGGAUACUUGGCUAGAGCAGCUGUGGUAUCGUAUCAAGCUGACCCNCCCCCAGUCAAACUGA